UUAAAAGCAACAACUAUAGAAAGCACGAAAGUACUAAUUACACUUCUAUAGACUAAGGUAAGGUGCACAUCUCGUCCGCAUAGGUUCGCACUUGCGUGUUGUUUAUGACAGAAUAUAUAAGGUUAUAAUUAUUUGGGUUGGGAGUUCAAGUUUUCUUUGAUUUGGUUUGGAUGUGUGAGUGUUGUGUAUAAAUUGCAGUAAAAAUUAUGUCUACCACAAUGGAACAUAGUGCUGGAGAUUGCGUUCAAACUGAGUUAAUAUCUGGAGUUGAAUUAAUGAAUAAAACUAAAUCAAAUUUAUAUCGUGUCUACGAAGAAACAGUGGGUUACACGAAAUUAAAUAGGGUAGAAAAAAAGUCUAAUGUUUCAAAUGGACACGUACCGACACCUUUGGACGAAGAAACAACAGCCACUACACCAAAUGGAUUUUCAAUUAGUGAAUCUGAUAGAAAAUCGUCGGAUGUCACGGAGGAAACGCCGAAAAUCCGUCAGACCAAAGAAUCCUUCGAACCUCCCUUGUUGAUCACGAAAGCCCUAACCCACAUCAGUUUUUAUAUCCUUAUGUUUUUAGGUUAUCUUAGUCAAGCGUUAUUUCCACCGAAAAUAGUAAAAGAAAAAAAUAGGGAUGGUUAUGCGUCGCUUUUAGAUAGAUUUUCCACCUUUUAUUCGAGAUACGUUUAUAGGAGGAUUAAGGAUUGUUGGAAUUAUCCAAUUUGCAGCGUGCCCGGAGAUGAAGUCAUCCUUAAAAACCGAGUUACCAAUGAUAAUGGGUGGACAUUCGAAUUUACCGGCUUGAAAACGAAAUGCUUAAAUUUAGCCUCAUACAACUACCUCGGUUUUGCAGAAGCCAAUGGGCCAUGUGCCGAACACGCAAUCAAAACCAUCUACACCGACGGUAUUAGCACUGGCAAUACUAGACAGCAACACGGCACGUGCGCACUUCACGACGAACUAGAAACUUUAUUAGCGGAAUUUUUGGGCGUUGAAGAUGCCAUUACUUUCGGAAUGGGUUUCGCAACAAAUUCUCUAAACAUACCGACACUUGCGUCACCGGGUUGUUUACUAUUGAGCGAUGAAAAGAAUCACGCCAGUUUGAUUCUCGGUAUUAAACUAUCAAAUCCGACCGUUAAAGUUUUCAAACAUAACAACGUCAAACAUUUGGAAAAAUUACUCAAAGAAGCCAUUUAUUAUGGACAACCGAAUCAAAUAAACAACGUAUACAAACCGUGGAAGAAGAUAAUCAUAUUUAUCGAAGGUAUCUACAGUAUGGAAGGUACAAUAUGUCGAUUACCGGAAAUAAUAGCUCUGAAAAAAAAGUACAAGGCUUAUUUGUAUUUAGACGAAGCGCACAGCAUAGGGGCGAUGGGAAAACACGGUAGGGGAGUCGUAGAUUAUUUCAAUUGCGAUCCGAAAGACAUCGACGUUUUGAUGGGUACUUUUACGAAAAGUUUCGGCGCAGCCGGAGGAUAUAUAGCCGGUACAAAGAAAUUCAUAUCAUUUAUUCGAGAACAUAGUUACGCGUCUCGUCACGCUUGGGCGAUGUCGCCACCGGUUGCCGCGCAGAUCGUUUCCGUUCUGAAGAUAAUCAUGGGUAGAGAUGGUACGAACGAAGGACAACGGAGGAUAGAACGGUUAGCGAGAAAUACCAGGUACUUCAGAUUACGUUUGGAACAAAUGGGUUUAAUUAUACACGGAAACGAAGAUUCGCCAGUCGUACCGAUCUUAGUUUAUCUUUAUUCGAAAAUAGCGUCCAUGGUGAGGUUUUUAAUUAAAGAAAGAAUAGCGACCGUUGGAGUUGGAUAUCCGGCGACGCCUCUAACCGAAGGAAGGAUUCGAAUAUGUUUGUCGGCUAGUCACACAAAAGAGCAACUCGAUUACGCCUUGGAGGUUAUAGAAAAAGUAGCCGAUGAAAUAGGUUUGAGAUAUUCGAGAAAAGCGAGGGAUCCAACACCAAUCGAUUACAAUAAUAUCAGAAUAUAUCAGGAUUUGUUUUAGAAAUUUUAGGUUUAGGAAGAAGCUUGAAAACAUGCUGUAGGAAGUUGUAUUGUUGUGUUUUUUUUAUAAAUUGUAUAAAAGCUUUUUUAUCCGAACUGCUAUUUAUUAAAAUCGAUUCUAUAAUUUAAAUAAAUUGUCAAAAUAAAUAAAA